AUGACGCGCGUCGUGCAGAAGCUCUCGGUGGAGUCGCACAACGUCGAGCCUACCCAUAUCCCGCUGUAUCUGACGUCGACACCCUUUUUCCACGUCCUGCACGGCAAGUGUGUCGCCAAGUUUAAGGAGCGGCUUGGUCUGGAGGAAUCGGAGGAGCCGCUGAUGGUGCUUCGCAACGUCGUCAUGAGGCCGCUGGUUACCAUUUCGACCAAUGGCAACUUCAAGAUGAAAGAGGAAGAGUCUAGGACUAUUGUCAAGAAGGAAGUCAGGGUCUGCCAAGCUCGCAACUCCAUCACGCCCAACUUACACAGCUUCUGGGCGCGCGGCAGGGACCAGAUCUUCCUGUCGUACCGCCCCAUGUUCCACAUCGCCAAACACCGCCGGCAGAUCUUCCUCGCCAUCUGCCUAGCCGAACUCUUGGACAACGGCGUCGUGAGCCGGCCCACCACCAUCACGAUAACCCCCGUCCUCAAGAACAGACCCCUCGACGCCACUUACCCGUCUUGCUGCAUGCCCUUCUACCUGUACGGCAGCCCGCAGGAAGCGCACAUCGACCACGUGCUGGUCCGCAGCCCCGACAUCGUGCUGUCGGCGGACAGCGUUACCCUCACCCUGGACGACGGCAACAAUGGCGACGAUGCAGUGGUUCUGCGAUCAAAAAGGGGGCAGUGCUGA